AUGAAAUUACAUAACAGAGUGGCUCACAAAGACACCGAAGAUGACUGCACAUCAUUAGCAUCAUCUGCACCACCAUUUCCAUCAACAGAAUCAAAUACUGACUAUCUAACUCAAGUUCCACCCAAUCUUUAUGACGAUUGUACUCAAUCAGUACAUGAUGACACUGGAUGUAAAACAUCUCCAAAAACAGAAACCACAACUAGCGCCGUAAGCUUAAAACAGCCCGCCGAUGAAACUGUAAGCAUUUCUUGUUCAAGGGAAGAGUUAAAGGAGUCGAGCGGAAGUACUGGUAAAGAAGAAAUCGAUGAAAUUUCCCAAGAAACACCCCUUAUUGUGAAGGAAGAUAAUUUUAUGGAUAAUACAGAAGAAAAAGAGUCAACAUUCUUCAGGGAUGACGGCUCCUUAUUGGACUCAAAUGUCAUGCCGACAUCAGAAGAAACAGAGGGUCACUCAACAGGUAAAGCGGAAGAUACGCUGACCAUUGAAAGUGCAGCAUCGACUGAUGAUAUCGGGCCUGAGCGCGUAACACCGGGAAUCCCCGAAUCUGAUGUUAAUUUAUCCAGCGAAACAACAAGUAUUGACAAAAUGACCGAAAACAAAGAAGAAGAAGGUGAAAAUGAAACUUAUGUAGAAGAACCAGAGCCGCUUGAUAAAGGGAAUGGAUAUCGUUCUAAUACAGAAGAUACUGAAAUAUCUGACGGUAAAGAGAAAGAACCAGAAGAUAUUAUUGAUUGUCCAGAAGAAACGUUUGAAAUCGCUAUUUCUAAGGAGGGAACAAUGCUAGAAUCAAGAGAAACAAGAGGUGAUACAUUGACACCUAUAGGUUGAAAUAAUUAAACUAUUUUAAAAGAGGUUUUUAAAUCUGAAAUGUGUAUUAUUCUAU